GGCCUCUGGGGGGAUUUGGGGGGAGGAGAAGCUGGAGAGGAAGAGGGACCCCUUGGGGCUCAGUCCAUGCUGCCGCUCUAGCUCCAGCCUGGCCAGCCCUGGAGGAAAGGAAGGAAGGAAGGAGGGAGGGAGGCAGGGAGGCUGGGUGGGGGCCUCAGCUGCAGCAGAGGAGCCUGCAGAAUCUGGGCACCGCUUUCCCCUCCUUCCCUUCCCUCCCUUCCCUGCAGAGGGGACCGACCUUCUUCCUUCCUUCUCUUGGGGACCAUGAAGCCUGAGAAAGGCCCUUGCUUCCUGGAGGGAUGAAGAGAGAAGCCUCCCCUUCCAGAGAGGGACACAUGUAGGGACCAUUUGUGGACAUGAAGCAGUAACUGAAGGCAGGAAAUCUCAGUUACUUCACCUUCCACUUUUCACAGUUUACUAUGGAGACCAAAGAAGAGAAAAAAGAGAGAAGGCAAGGUUACUUUGCCCGUUUGAAGAAGAAGCGGCUAGCUAAACAAAAUGCAGAGGCAACUUCUACAAAUGGAACCACUGUAUGUAGAAGUCCAACGGGAAAAGAUGAUGUCAUUUUGGGUCAAGCCAGUGGUGCUCAUGAAAAUGGCAAACAUUCUGGCGAAAAAGAGGACUAUGAGAAAAAAAAGAAAAAGGGCAGUCAGCCAAAGGAUAUUAGGCGCACAGAUCUUAAGAGAUUUUAUAUUACUGAUGACAAUCAAACCAAAACAAAUGAGAAGAAAGAAAAGAAAAUGGUUUCUCAGAGACCUCAUGGUACAAUUGAAUAUACGGCUGGAAGCCAAGAUACGCUGAAUAGCAUAGCCCUGAAAUUUAACAUCACUCCAAAUAAACUUGUGGAACUCAAUAAGCUUUUCACACAUACAAUUGUUCCAGGCCAGGUUCUGUAUGUGCCAGAUAUUGAGCCUGUUUCUACAGCAGUGAAACUAAAUUCCUCAAGUCCUGGUGCUGCCGUUUCACCUUCAUCAUCAGAUGCAGAGUAUGAUAAACUUCCGGAUGCUGAUUUAGCAAGGAAGGCUUGUAGACCACUUCACAGAGUCCUAUCAUCCACAUCAGAGGAAGAUGAGCCAGUUGUUGUCAAAUUUUUAAAAAUGAAUUGUCGAUACUUCACAGAUGGCAAGGGUGUGGUAGGAGGAGUCAUGAUAGUCACUCCCAACAACAUCAUGUUUGACCCUCACAAGUCAGAUCCACUGGUAAUUGAAAACGGCUGUGAAGAGUAUGGGCUUAUUUGUCCCAUGGAGGAGGUUGUUUCGAUUGCACUCUACAAUGAUAUCUCUCACAUGAAGAUUAAAGAUGCUCUGCCAUCUGACAUUCCAAAGGAUCUUUGUCCUCUGUACAGGCCAGGAGAGUGGGAAGACCUUGCUUCUGAAAAGGACAUCAAUCCUUUCAGCAAAUUUAAAUCCAUGAACAAGGAGAAGAAGAAGCAGAAAUCAGAUGGUUUUGCCAACCCUAAUUCCAACCUGAUAAAAUCCUCAGACAAGGAGAAAUCUACAGAUUUUGAAAUUGUUAAAUCUUCUGAAAGUUCUUCCCUGAUGACAUCUUGGUCAGCAGAAGCCCCAAAGGACUCUAGUGUUCCUGUAUCUUCAAAAAAGGUAGCUACAGAAAGUUCUGGAGAGAGAGUUACUCUAGACUUAACCAAAGACAAUUCUCUUCUGGAUGAGGAUGGCUUCAUUGAUCUGGAAGAGACAUCAUCACAGAUUGACAGCAGAGUUAGCCACAGAGAUGCAGGCGUAGUGGAUGUUUCCAAGGAUCUUAAAAUAGGAGAGAAAGUUAGGGUAGCAGCAACAAAUGAAGAAAAUUGUAAGCAAUUAGUAUUGGAUUCAUCAAGGGCUAAACAAACUGUCCCUAAAGAUGUGCUUGAUUUGGAGUCCUGUGAAAAGCUAGAUGUAGUGCCUGAAGUGAACAAGGGAGGUAGUUCACCAACAAAUAAAGUAGAGACCACCCUUGAUGUAGAAAAAGAACUGAAUAAAGAUAAGCUUAUUGAAUUUUACCUCAAUAAAGUUAAAGAUGAGCCACAGUCUACUGAGGACUUGGGUAAGGCUGAUGUCAAGGAAGAGGGAAACAGUAUACCAGUGGGCAUAGAUCUUACACUUAGCUCUUCACAUUCCCAUGACACUGAAGACCCUACAGACAAAAGGGGAGGGCCUGACUUAGGUUCUGUUGAAAAUAAAGACUUAUUAUCAAACAUUGGCUCAGCAUCAGGAACAGAAAAGAAAGAGUUUGAAGGAUCACUCGCUUCUUCAUUGACAUCUCAUCUAGAUAGUAAUUCCGAAAUCAGACUAUGGCUGCUGCAAAGGAUCCAAGUGCCCAUUGAAGGUACAGUUGCAGAAGAAGGUAUGCCAAACUGUGGCCUGUACCAGGGUGAGCAUGCAGUUCAUACAACGGAUGAAAUGUAUGUAGGCUCUCAUGAUAUGCUUCCUUCCAAAGAAGAGAAAAGCAAGACCCCCCCAAUGUUUCUGUGCAUCAAAGUGGGCAAGCCUAUGAGGAAGUCAUUCAGUUCCCAGAAUACUACAAUGGCACAACAAUAUAGUAAAAAAAGAAAACAACCAGAAUACUGGUUUGCUGUGCCUCGAGAAAGGGUGGAUCAUCUGUAUACGUUUUUUGUGCAGUGGUCACCUGAUGUCUAUGGCAAAGAUGCUAAGGACCAGGGUUUUGUAGUGGUGGAAAAGGAGGAGCUGGACAUGAUAGACAACUUCUUCAGUGAACCCUCAACGAAAAGCUGGGAGAUUAUUACUGUGGAAGAGGCAAAACGCCGAAAGAGUGUUUGCAGCUAUUGUGAAGAAGAUGAUGGUGAGGUUGAUGAAGAUGAUGAUGCAUUGCCUGUUUUAAAAAAUCAGAGUGCACUCUUAGAAAAUAUGCAUGUGGAACAGCUUGCCCGAUGCCUGCCAGCAAGAGUUCAGGGAUAUCCAUGGAGACUUGUCUACAGCACACAAGAACAUGGAACCAGCUUGAAAACUCUGUAUCGAAAAUCAACCUCUCUCGAUAGUCCAGUCCUGCUUAUUGUCAAGGACAUGGAUAAUCAGAUAUUUGGGGCUUAUGCAACACAUCCUUUCAGGUUCAGUGAUCACUAUUAUGGCACUGGAGAAACUUUCCUAUACACAUUUAAUCCUCUUUUCAAGGUUUUUAAAUGGAGUGGAGAAAACACUUAUUUUAUCAACGGAGAUGUAACAUCAUUAGAACUUGGAGGCGGAGAUGGUAGGUUUGGAUUAUGGUUAGAUGCUGAUUUAUAUCAUGGUCGGAGCAACUGUUGCAGCACAUUCAAUAAUGAUAUUUUAUCCAAAAAAGAAGACUUUGUCAUCCAGGAUGUGGAAGUAUGGACAUUUGAGUGAUGUAGCUGCUGCCUUAAAAAGCUGAACUUGAAUUUACUGAGCAUUCAGUGAAUGCUGAAAAUUGGAAUGUAGACUGCCUUACAACAGAACAUGCUUUUCGACCCCUGAAAUCAGGAUAAACUAAUAUUCAAGAAGAGUAAGGCAAAGAUUGGGCAUAACUCAUGUCUUAUUCUUGCUCUGCCAGUAUUCCUACACUGUGGUUGAAAGAUGUUUGUGGAAGGCAACUGUACCAUACAAGUUUAUUAAAAGCUGUUUUAUUACUUCCUGUUACUGUGAAAGAAUUCUGUGGAAAAAUCAUAGAGCCAUGUAGAACAUUCCAUGUGUAUUUUUAUUCACACUGAAAGUGAAAACCAAAAGGAGGGAAACGUGGUAUUACCAAAUUCUGCAGCACAAAGUAGUGGUCAUUAGGUAUACAGCACUUAAAGGGAACAUUUUUUUUAAAAAAAGGAAUAUAUUUAUUAUUUGUAUAAUACUUCUUCCCCUGAAAUGUAUUAGGCAUGUUUUUCCUUUUAAAAACAAGCAAAAAAAAAAAAAAAGCAAAUUUCAGAAUUUGCUAGAAAGAUGUAUUGAUUGAAGCACAUGUCAGUGCAGUGGUGAAUUGUUUUGAUUUCUUAGGUUUUAAAAAAUAUUUUGCUGUUUUUAAAUGUAAAAAAUACAUUUGUUGCUUUUUCUAAUUAUUUUUGGGAUCUUGGCUUUUAACAUUGUUAUGAAUUGUUUGAGAUUGGUUCAUUAUCAGUUCCCAUUAUCAAACAUGCCUGUUUGGUUGUGUGGCAACAAUUGAAGAGAGAUUCUGUUUUUAAUUUGUGAGAAAGGUAAGAAAGAAAGAGCCACAUUAUUGUAGGGCAAAAAACUGAAUUUUCAGUUGCAUCCUACAGAUUACUUGAAACUCUUUGUUUGGCGGUGGGUGGGGAUGGGAGAAGUCAGGUCUCUAAACCGGUGCUUGAUUUCUUCUUGUAUAGUAAGUUAAAUUACUUUUGUUGCUGAUAAGAAAAGGAAACAUUUUAAAGGACAUUUUCAUAUAGCCAAGUGUUCAUUUGAGGACACCGUACAUGAGAAUCUGGGGUCUAACUUCAGCUUGCUACAUUAAAAAAAAAACAUCAAUUAAAUGUUGUAUUGAAGCAAGGUUUUUAGAAUAUUUUCCUUUCAUAAAAAUAGUUUGGUUAGAAAAGAAUGGGAAAACAUAAUAUAAUCUGUUUCCCCAAAACCUUAUAAUAUUAUACUAACCAUUUGAUCCUUAACAGAUUUUUAAAAAAUUUAAGUCAAUGUGAGAGAGGGCUUUUAAAAAAAAUAGAUAUAUGUUUCUGUAUUUCUUUUAAAAUAUCAGUCGAUCUUUAUAUUACACCUUCUGGUACAAGGCUACAACUGUGGUGCUUCAGAUGUUGGCCUGUAUCCAGUUUAGGUAAUGUUAUGAGAGUAAAUGGAAGUGAUAGUCCUAAAAUAACAACAACAACAAACCCAGUGAAACCCAAACAAACAGCUCUUCUCCCCCACUACCAGGUGCUUACCCUAGUCUAAACUACCACAUGGCACACUAACCUGUUGUUUCUCCAAAGUGUAUCCCAUUCACUUUGGGGUUUUUUCCAGUUGAUAUGGAAAUAACCAGAACCAUCUAGACAUCAGGGUUUACCCUGGUUAGCUUCCAAGACAUCAGACAACUGUUUAUACUCUUCCAUUCUCUUGGUGGUAUACAGCUUUUGUCAUCUUGGACCCAUGUUGGAAAGACUUUUUUUACAUUUUGUUUUAUAUAUAGAAACAAAAGGGAAGAAGCAGCUCCUCUUUGCUUAAUAGACGACACUCACAGUAUAAGUUUCAAACUUAAUACAGUUAUGCAACAAGUCCUGUUUAGAUGUUCAUAUCCCCUUUACGUGAACAUGUGAAUGUGGUGUGUGACAUGAUCUGCCUAUCCCAUUACCAACACCACAGCAUCCGUAUGUAUGGCACAAAUAUCUGUAGGAAAGGUCUUAUGUACACACAGCUGCAUAGGCCUUCUCUUGAUACCUUUGACCCAUAGACAUCAAUAGUGAAAGAGAUAUGUACCCUGUUGGCCAGAAUUCCACUUCUCAAUUACAUGUUCUGAUAAAUGGGGAUGUGAAAAGUUGAAGAAACUAGAAGACAUAUCUGAGGUAGGCUUGAUGGCCAAACAGCAAGAGAAAAAAUAGCAAUGUCAGAGUCACAGGCCUAUAUUUUGUCAAGAUGUUGUUGUCAUUUUCAGUUAAGAUGGUAUGGUGGGAUAUUCAUGUAGGCAGACGUCGCACCUCUUUUUUGGCCAUGCAGUUUCUAGGAGACAAAGAAUUGUAAAGCCCAAGAGAUAAAUUUUAAAUUCCAUUAGGACUCCAUCUGUCUUGUGACAUUCAAAAUUCACAUCCUAAGAAGAGAGAUGGUAGCCUUGCACAGGACAGAAGCAGCCUGGAUCUCCAGGAGUUUGUUUUUCCCCCCUAUUGCUAAUGGUGUUUUAAUUUUAUUUCCUGCACUCUGCCUACGUGGAUAUCCCUCCAUACCAUAUUAACUGAGAACAACAAUAUAUUGACAAAGGAGAUUAUCACACUUGCAAAUCCCGCCAGGAUAGAUGUUGGAGUGAAAAGUCAAAACUGGGUGUUAUUGCACACAGCCAUGGCUGGACAAGUGCAACCUGUCUGUACCCCGGACCCCAGUGACAUUUAUCCAGGAGCUUUUCAAAAAUGGCAAAGUCCAGUUUUUGAAAAGCUCCUGGAUAAGUGGCGGGGAUCCACUUAGCAGAUGGGUUACACUUGCCUGGCCUCAGCUGUGCACAAUAACACCCGGUUUGGAUUUUUCAAUCCCGCAUCUAUUCUGGCAAGAUUUGCAGUUGUGAUAAUCUCCAAAAUGUAGGCCUGUGACUAUAACAUUGACAUUUGUUUCUUUCUACGAUUUUUAACACCUUUGCCUGAUGAAGAAGCCAAUGGAGCUUUGAAAGCUUUCAUAAUAUGUAUUUUGGUUGUCCCAAUAAAGUUAUUGCUGUUUUAUGGAUUUUGGAUGUUACUGUACUUUGAAGAGACUAGACUUGUUGACAAAUUUUGGUAUAUAUGACUGUAUGGAGCAAAAACAUACACAUCUGGUUUGGAGUGUGCUGAUGCUGUUGGAAACAUGCUGGCAAUUAGGACCUGCUGCAAGUGUGAACAUUAAAAGAAAUGUUUUCUUAUUAAUCACAUGUGGUGGUAUACACAGAAGGAGCACACAUAAUUUCUCUUCACAGUGAGAACCUGUGUGUGUGUGCCUUCAGGCUGCCUGCCGACUUACGGUGACCCAUGGAUUCUAUAGGGUUUUCUUAGGCAAGGAAUACACAGAGGUGGUUUUGCCAGUUCCUUCCUCUGAAAUGUAUUCAUUGGCUGUGACCCAUCCAAGUACAAACCUGGGCUGGGGAUCAAUAAGAAUAUAAAGGAGAGCCAGCAUGCUGUAGUAGUUGGAGCACUGGACUACAACUCUGGAUUCCUCACUGUGCCAUGGAAACCCACUAGGGUCACACUCAUCCCCAGAAAACCCUGUGAUGGGCUUUCUUUAGGACCACUAUAUAUCAGAAACAACUUGAAGGCACACAGCAAAAAGAGUAUAAAGAUAUAUGAUUACCAUGUGAUUUAUAGGCAAAUGGACAAAGUUUAAAAGGGUAAAAAACAGACUUAGGAUGUUUUGUUAACACCUAAGCUUUUCACGCUGCUUUCCACUAUAUAUUCUGACCAUCAAGUACUACUCACGACAAACUUUCACUAUAACAAUGAUCUACUGUUAUUGUAAUAUUUGGAAGACACUCAGAGUACCUCUAAAGGAAGGUUUUAUGAAUGCCAAAUGUGAGUUUCAAGCAAAAGAUUUUUGAUAUUUGACAUAUUGUUCCAUCCUAUUAUACUUGUCAGAGCAUAUCUGAGGCAUUUGUGUUCUGUAUCAAAACAGUGUUGUCCUAUCAAAAUUCUGUGAUCCUUCAAAAACUAUGGAUAUUUAAUAUAUGUAAUGCAGUGCUAUCGCAACAUUUUCAAUAAAGGAAUUUAUGCAUUCA